GCUGAGCAACACGCUCGUCGGGGAUCCGCGCGCGCGCCGCGGAUCCUCUGGUUCCGUUUGGAAGGCAGCGCGUUUUCUCUGCGUGCGAAGUUCAGCCUUAAAGCCCCGCUCGACCGGUUUACGGCUCAGGUGUUGCGUCUGGAACUGGCUUUUCCGACUGGCCUCUCAUGCUCUGACCUGCAGCUGGUUGCGCAUCAGCACGGAUGUCGUCGCGCACUGGAGUGAAUACGUGAAUAUGCUCCUCGCCCCGUGCGAAUCGAGCGGAUCUGUACAGCAAACCCACGAGCGCGAGGAUCGGUAACAUAAAAUCCACACACGUCGCGAGCUCCCGUCCGAACGGGGUUCCGUGAAGCUUUGGCUCGGGCUGAACUGCACACGGAUAAUUGUUUGAAAUAAAGCUGACAGAACGCGACUCAACCGCUGUCAUGGAUUUAAGGGAUUUUUACUUAUUGGCAACCUUAGUUGCCUGCCUUUGGUUGGACCCGGCCAUCGCCCAAGAGUUGAUUUACCCGAUCCGAGAGGAACUGCAGGAAAAUGUUCUUAUUGGAAAUAUACCAAAGGACUUGAACAUCUCGCAUAUGAAUAUGGCCACAGGGGUCAGCAGCAGCCUGGUCUAUCGGCUGGUGUCAAAGGCAGGGGACAACCCUCUCCUGAGAGUCAUGAGCAACACGGGGGAGAUUUUCACCACCUCCAACCGCAUCGACCGUGAGAAACUUUGCCCCGGCCCCUCGAACGAGGACAGCGAGUGUUCAUUCGAGAUCGAAGUUGUCAUACUGCCCAACGACUUCUUCAGACUAAUCAAAAUCAAGAUCAUUGUGAAGGACAUGAACGACAACGCACCCAUGUUCCCCUCCCCCGUCAUCAACAUCUCCAUUCCGGAAAACACCCUCAUCAACAGUCGCUUUGCCGUGCCGUCCGCCACCGACCCGGACACGGGACCCAACAGCGUCCACAAGUAUGAGCUGGUCAACGGCCAGAGCUCCUUCGGCCUGGACAUCGUGGAGACGCCCGAGGGGGAGAAGUGGCCUCAGCUGGUGGUGCAGCAGAACCUGGACAGGGAGCUGAAGGACACGUACGUGAUGAAGAUCAAAGUGGAGGAUGGGGGACACCCUCAGAAGUCCAGCACAGCUAUCCUGCAGGUGACGGUGACCGACGUCAAUGACAACAAGCCCGUUUUUAAGGAGAGCCAGAUGGAGGUUCACAUUCCGGAAAGUUCUCCCGUCGGGACGUCCGUCGUGCAGCUGCAGGCUACGGAUGCGGAUGUCGGCUCCAACGCAGAGAUCAAGUACAUGUUUGGCACCCAGGUGUCGCCGGGCACCAGGAGACUUUUUGCACUGAACGCAACCACCGGCCUCAUAACGGUACAGCGUCCGCUGGACAGAGAAGAGACUGCCAUUCACAAACUGUCUGUUUUAGCAAGUGAUGGAAGUUCCAGUCCGGCAAGAGCCACUGUGACGAUAAACGUAACGGACGUGAACGAUAACGCCCCGAACAUAGACCUACGCUACAUCAUCAGCCCCACCAAUGGCACAGUCAUGCUGUCCGAAAAAGACCCAAUCAACACCAAGAUCGCCCUGAUCACUGUGUCGGAUAAGGACACCGAUGUCAACGGUAAAGUGAUUUGCUUCAUUGAGAAAGACGUGCCGUUUCACCUCAAAGCAGUUUAUGACAACCAGUAUUUAUUAGAGACCUCAGCCUUGCUGGAUUACGAAGGCACCAAAGAGUACAUCUUCAAAAUCGUGGCGUCCGACUCCGGGAAACCCAGCUUGAACCAGACGGCUCUGGUCAGGGUGAAGCUAGAGGACGAGAACGACAAUCCGCCCGUGUUCAGCCAGCCGGUGAUUGAGCUGGCCGUCAUGGAGAACAACCAGCGAGACCUCUUUCUCACCACCAUCAGCGCCACGGACGACGAUAGCGGCAGGAACGCGGAGAUUGUCUACCAGCUCGGACCCAACGCCUCCUUCUUCGACCUUGACCGCAAAACCGGCGUGCUGACGGCGUCCAGGGUGUUCGACAGAGAGGAGCAGGAGCGCUUCCUCUUCACCGUGACAGCUAGAGACAACGGCACGCGUGCGCUGCAGAGUCAGGCGGCCGUGAUCGUCACCAUUCUGGAUGAGAAUGACAACAGCCCUAAAUUCACACAUAACCACUUUCAGUUCUUCGUGUCAGAAAACCUGCCCAAGUACAGCACAGUAGGAGUAAUCACAGUGACAGACGCAGACGCCGGGGAGAACGCCGUGGUGUCUCUCUCCAUCCUCAAUGAUAAUGAGAACUUCAUCCUCGAUCCGUUCUCCGGGGUCAUAAAGUCCAACGUUUCCUUCGACCGGGAGCAGCAGAGCUCCUUCACGUUCGACGUCCGGGCUGUGGACAACGGUCGUCCCCCAUGCUCGUCCGCUGCCAAAGUGACCAUCAACGUGAUCGAUGUCAAUGACAAUCCCCCCGUGGUCAUCUACCCUCCAUCCAACACGUCCUUCAAGCUGGUGCCCCUGUUUUCCAUUCCUGGAUCAGUGGUCGCCGAGGUUUUCGCAGUGGAUGGAGACACAGGAAUGAACGCGGAACUGAAGUACACCAUCGUCAGCGGCAACAACAGGGGUCUAUUCAGGAUUGAUCCAGUGACCGGAAACAUCACCUUAGAGGAGAAACCCACAGUGGCUGACAUUGGCCUCCAUCGGCUGGUGGUAAAUAUUAGUGACCUCGGCUACCCCAAGUCCCUGCACACACUGGUUCUGGUUUUCCUAUAUGUCAACGACACGGUAGGGAAUUCCUCCUACAUCUAUGACCUCAUCCGUCGCACGAUGGAGACACCGCUAGACAGAAACAUAGGUGACAGCAGCGAAACAUACCAGAGCGUGGAUAAUCUCAGGACCAUUAUUGCCAUAGUAACGGGCGCCAUGGUGGUGAUCGUGGUGAUAUUCAUCACGGUUCUGGUGCGCUGUCGUCACGUGUCCCAAUUCAAGACUGCUCAGAGGAAGAAGCAGGGCACAGAGUGGAUGUCCCCCAACCAGGAGGCCAAGCAGAACAAAAAGAAAAAACGCAAGAAAAGGAAGUCGCCCAAAAGCUCCCUGCUUAACUUUGUCACCAUUGAAGAGACCAAACACGACGACCCUGCCCAUGAACCCAUCAACGGAACCAUCAGCCUUCCUGCAGAGCUGGAGGACCCUGGGAUUGGCCGCUUUGACUGGAAUGCCACGCCCACCAGCACCUUCAAACCCAGCAGUCCCGACCUGGCCCGACAUUACAAAUCCGCCUCUCCGCAGUCGGCCUUCCACCUUAAGGCCGACACGCCGGUGUCCGCGAAAAAGCAUCACGCCAUCCAGGAGCUGCCACUGGACAAUACCUUCGUGGGAGGCUGUGACACGCUGUCCAAACGCUCCUCCACCAGCUCAGACCACUUCAGCGCCUCCGAGUGCAGCUCCCAAGGUGGCUUCAAGACCAAGGGGAGCUCCCUGCACACCAGACAGGGGACCCUAACCCGCGCUCGCACUGAACUGAAUCCUGACUAUCUGGACUUGCGUUCCCGAACCGACCUGAACCCAGAAUACUGGACCCCCUGCACGCCACUGUCUCAGCGGCGCGUCACCUUUCACCUGCCGGAUGGCUCUCAGGAGAGCUGCAGUGACAGUGGGCUGGGCGAACCCGAGGGGGGCGGGUCUCUCCUCCCUCACCCCCUCCCUCUGGUCCAACCACAGGAGGACUUCUACGAGCAGGCGUCCCCGGACAAGAGGACGGAAGCAGAUGGCAACUCAGACCCCAACUCUGAUGGUCCGCUGGGACCACGGGGCUUGGUAGAGGCCACGGAGAUGUGCACACAGGAGUGCCUGGUGCUCGGACACUCGGACCACUGCUGGAUGCCCGCGGGCCUUGGCACCUUCUCGCCCAAGUCGCCUGUCUCCCCCUACGGCGGGCAGAAAGAGUGGGCCAAAGACAAACUGCUGAACGGCCACACCCUGAGCCGAGGCUGGAGGGCGGAGCGUGCAGCCCCGGAGCAGUUCGCCGACCGGAAGACUUUCACCUCCGAGGGACACUUUGUGGGCGGGGCAGGCGGGCACAUGGCCGACAUCCCGUUGGCCAGUCUGAAGUCCUACCACGCCAGCUCCGGCCCCGACAGCCCAAAGGAGCAGCAGCUUUAAAACAGGCUCUGUGUUUCCUUGGUAACCACUACAGCAACUCUGGUUCUGUUUUUUCUUGCUUCCACCCCCAACCGUUGCUCCUCUCUUCUUGCGUUGAAGCUAGUGCUUUGUGAUAGUGACCUGUAGCGGGUAGACUACUAAACCUACGAGCUCAUGCCGGACCAACCUAUACAGUUACUAUGCGAAUCAAACUUGCGUGGAGCAUCUGAAUGGAUGCCCUUCUGAAGACUCCACACCUCAAAACAACUGUGAUUUGGUGCAAAUUCUCAUAUACAGAAAAUGUGUGUACGUGUCAUCUAGGAUGGAGGCUACAAACAUUCAUGAGAGAGAGAGAGAGGGAGAGAGAGAGAGAGAAAGAGCGAGAGAGGUAAAAUAGGACUACCCUUAUGUAUACCAAUUAAAAAAAAGCUAUUACCACUGACCAAUAUACAGUACACAAAUAUUGUGAUGUGAUUGUUAUUGAGCUGUUUUGGGACUUAUAUUAAUCUACACCAUCAAAGAAAAAUGGAAUUCACAGUUGAGAAGCAUUGUGCUAAAACACUGUUAGUGGAAACCUCGUUUAGUGUCUCAUUGUUGCCGUGUUUGUAAAUAUAACUUAAUACUAACCAAUUUAUGUACUUGUAAUAAUCACGUGGGAUAGACCAGUGAUCAUGGAGGUUGUCUGUUACUGUUUAUCAUGGAUCAGGGGUCAGUCUUUGUGAUUUGGCAGGGGAGAGA